AUGGCGGGAGACGCCGAGGGCAUCCUGCGCUACGAGGAGCGCAUCGCUGGGCUGCUGGCGACGGUGGCCCGGCUGCACCGGAGGGCCGAGCAGCUGCAGCGCCGCACGGGCAGGGAGGAUGAGGAGGGCUGGGAGGGCACCGCCAGCCUCCCCGCUGCCAGCCCGCAGCCCCAGCGCCUCGACGGCACGCUUGACACCGCCACCGGUCUGGAAGCCCACAGCCCCGACCUCUUUGCGGACCUGCAGCACGCCGUGAGCUCGCUGGAGCGCACCGUCUUCUCCCGGCACCGGCGGGCACCGGUGCAGCCUGUGCCCGGCGAGGAGUGGGCGCGGGCGGCCAAGAGCCUGGAGGAGCUGGACCGGACACCGGGCUGGGCUGGGAGGGCGAUGCACUGGGGCCCGGAGAAGGGAGCAGGCGAGGGGCUGCCGGAGGAGGAGGCGGCAGUGGCGGCGGCAGCGGCAAGGAACGCGGCACUGUGGGCGGCCCUGGGGCACCGGGACGAGGAGCUGAGCCAGGCCACCGCCUCGCUGCGGGCGCUGCGGGGGGAGCGCGACCGGCUGCAGCAGAAGGUCCGGGACCUGCGGGAUGCUCUGUCCAGGCUGGAGGAGCCGGGGGGCUCUGGCAGUGACACCCCCGGGCUCGGCAGCCCCCCGGGGCAGGGGGAGCCCCGGCUGCCCCAGGACUUGCCCCAGUGCGGCGAUGGUGCUCAGCCCCACGGCGUGCAGCCCCACAGCCCCCUCUCCCCCCAACCCUCGGAGGGUGCCAGCCAGGAGCAGGAGGAGCGGGUGCAGCAGCUACAGGGGUGCCUGGGGAGGCUGCAGGAGGUGAACCGGCAGCUGGCGGCCGCGUUGCAGGAGUGCAAGAGCGAUGCGGAGCGGCUCAGCAUGGUGCUGGGCCAGCACGAGUCCCGCAGCACCGCCCUGCGCCUGGCCCUGCGCUGCAGCGAGCGCUGCGGGGGGGCCUACGCCGCCCUCCUCGAUCUGAUGCGGGCCAAGCUGGGCAGGGAGGAGGAUGGUGCCCGUGGCGGAGCCGCAGGGGAGCAGAGCCCGGGACACGGAUGGGGGUCCAGCCCCACGCCGACGGAGGGGCCGCAGCUCCCGGGCCGAGCGGAGCGGGAUGGCCAGGAGGAGAGCAGGGACAGCGGCUCCCCCGGGCUGCAGAGCACCCCAGCACCCCACGGGAUGGAGGAGGGGGCCCUGCGCGAGCACAUCCGCCGGCUGCGUGCGGAGCAGGCAGCCGUGGAGGCGUCCCUCCACGAUGCCCCGGCACCCACCAGCACCCACCGCAGCAAGGACGCCCGAGCCCGGGCUGAGCGGGUGCUGCGGGACGCCAGGGCUCUCCUGCCCGGCUGGAGGCGGCCGGAGAAAGCAGAGCUGCUGCGGGACUUGGCGAUGCUCAAG